GGGAGCCGGGCUUUUACAGCCAGCGCCUCCGGGCCGGGGGCGAGGCCGCCGCCUGGCCCGGGGGAGCGCCGGGGGCUGCGGUUGUUGGCCUUUUGUGUGGAUGGCUUCAGAGAACAUUUCAGGAGUAGGGAAUGAAGUGGAAGCCAGCUGAAUUCUCUCGUGCCCUGCUGAGACGAAAUGACAUUCACGUUUGGGGCGAAUGGAAGCCACGGCAAUGUGUAACAUGGGAGGGAAAGGCACGGAUGGACCAUGUGGCGUGACUCGUUCAGGCUGCAGCUCUUCUGCCUGCUCAUGGCAGUGCUGGCUGUCGUGGUGCUGGUCCAUAACUUUUUUCAGUUAGAGCACCUGGAUGAUGACACAGUUUCAGGAUCGAAUUGGAUAACAGAAAACAAUGUCCAGCAUUCUCUGUCCCAGACAGCCAAAACCACCAGGAAGCCUUACUGUGGGUACACGGAGCAGACCUUGUCCAAACGGGAACAAGCAGAGCAGGAAUCCUUGCUUGCUGCAAUACAGUGGCCAAAGCCCCCUGAUGGCAAAAUCCCCUUUGCACAGAGCACUGAUCCCACACAGAGUGACUUUGUGAUUGUGAAACCCAGCAAGUUCUUCAAGGUGGGUGAUCAGUUGGAGGUACUCGUUCGUAUGAAGGACUUCCAAGGAAAACCCAAGCAGUAUGGUGGAGACUAUUUACAAGCACGAAUUCACUCUCCUGGCCUGAAAGCUGGAGCAGCAGGAAGGAUUGUAGAUUGCCACAAUGGCCUUUACAAAGUCUUCUUUACCUUGCUUUGGCCAGGAGAGGUCAAAGUUUCUGUGUCACUUGUCCAUCCGAGUGAAGCCAUCCAAGUCCUCCUGCGUUUGCGAGAGGAAAGGCCGGACAGAGUCUAUUUCAAAAGCUCCUUCAAGUCUGGGAGGUAUUCAGAGACUACAGAGUGCAACGUUUGCUUGCCUGCAGGUCUCCCAGUCUGUAACUUCACAGAUCUCUACACGGGUGAGCCAUGGUUCUGUUACAAGCCUCGGAAACUGUCCUGUGCCAGCCGAAUCAACCAUGCCAAAGGUGGAUAUCUGAAAGGUCUUCUGACACAAGAGGAAAGUCUCUUUUUCCAAAGUGACGUGAAUAUCAAAAGGCCAAUACUCUCCAGUGGACCUGAUUCAGUCAUUGUAAAGCCCAAGGCAUUUACAGAUUCAAGCAGUAUGGGGAGAGCUGAAGAUCCCACAGCUUCCCCUUCUGGUUAUUAUUAUGAAGACCAGUGGAGGUCCAGAACACAUUGGAUCCAUAAUUUUAACAAAUCAGAGGAUAUAACUGAGUGCUUACAAGGAAAAGUAAUCCACUUGUUUGGAGACUCUACAAUAAGGCAGUGGUUUGAAUAUUUGACAGCAUUUGUUCCAGAUCUGGUGGAAUUUAACCUGGGCAGCCCGAAGAACGUGGGCCCUUUCAUGUCGGUGGACCUGAAGCACAACAUCCUGCUGAAGUUCCGCUGCCACGGGCCGCCCAUCCGCUUCUCCACCGUGUUCAGCAGCGAGCUGCGCUACAUCGCCAACGAGCUCAACAGCAUCGUGGGUGGCAGGAACACCGUCAUCGCCAUCACCAUCUGGUCCCACUUCAGCACCUUCCCCGUGGAGGUGUACAUCCGCCGCCUCAGGAACAUCCGCAGGGCCGUGCUGCAGCUGCUGGACCGCAGCCCCAAGACCGCGAUCGUCAUCAGAACGGCCAACGUUCAGGAGCUUGGGCCGGAAGUGAGCCUCUUCAACAGUGACUGGUAUUCCUUUCAGCUUGAUUCUGUCAUGAGGAAAAUGUUCUCAGGAAUUGCUGUGCACUUUGUGGAUGCUUGGGAGAUGUCUGUGGCUCAUUACUUGCCUCAUAACCUGCACCCUAAUGAAAUAAUUGUUAAGAAUCAAAUAGAUGCGUUUUUAUCUUAUGUGUGCCCUCUGCAAACUUAGCACAAAUGGGUAUCCCUAUGUCGCCUUUUGCUAUAGCCCAAGUACAGCUGCUCUUUUGAGCUGUGGAAUGAGGCUGGAUGAUAUGGAGGAACUCUGGGUACUGUACUUGCAUGCAGGAUAAGUAGAGUGGCCUUAAAGUCUGGGUAGCUGUGAAAGGGUGGUAAAGAGGAGUUGACUCUUCAGGCCAUAUCUUCCUGCAGGGUUGAUUCCUUCAAGCUUAUCAUUCAUACCUGAGAUUAUUAGAGAGCACCUUAAAAUUAAAUUGGCAGGAUUCAAUAAGAGAUAUUUGGGUUAUUAGCUUUACUAGUUAUCUGCACUGUAUGCCUAAUUUAAUCUGUGUGACACUGAUUCUGUUGCCAGGGUCUUGUUGCUCAGAAUAGUGUGUGAAACGUGGGAAGGAUUUUGGGAAUGAUCUUUCUCUCAGCAUUCCAGAGCUUAAGGGAUGUCUCCUCCAGCUGUGUGUCAGAGAAACACAGUGUCUUGUUUCAAAGUCCUAAUUAGAAAUGUAAAGGGUGUGUACCAAAGUCACCAAUAAAGAAGCACAAUCACAAUAUCUGUAGAAUUAAGUCAUGAAGAAUUUGCUGAAAUCUAAUUGAGCACCCUAGUUAGGUACCUUUGUUGUUUACAGAUGGCUGCUAAAUAGUGCAAAUAGCCAGUAUUUUAGUUUGGUUUCUUGUACUACUGAAUUUCUUUUGAGCUUGGAUAAACUGUCUACUCCUUGAUUUAUCAUUAGUGAGGAUAUGUGUGUUUUAUGACCUCAGCGAAAACACUGUUUCAGGCAGUUUCUGCAAGUUCAAGUUGCAGGCUUGCCUACUUGAAGCUUAAAGCAUUUGGCAGUGAAAGUGUUUCAUUUACCAGUGAAAGUGUUUCAUUUACCAGUGAAAGUGUUUCAUUUGCCAAUGAAAGUGUUUCCAUUGCCUGCCAGCUGCAGCCGUUCCUUAUGGUCCUGCAAGGGUGGGCUGCCCUCUGCUGUGUCCUUCAUACCCCGAAUCUGGACAGGGAGCCAAGUGACCCGAGGGCCCCUGGUGUGCUUUGGCAGUGGCUACACAAUGACUCCUCUUCAGGGUCUGGCAGUUCUGUCAUUUCUUCAUGAACUUCACUGCUGCCAGUAUAAAAGUAUAAAAGGUGGCACACCCUGCACCCAAAAGCUGAGCGUGCCCAGGGUUGCCUUCAUGUAUCUGCUUGGCACAGACCCAGGUUUGCUGGGCCGACAGCUGGUGGCUCUCUGCCUCCUGGCCUGGCAUUUGCUGCUGCUUACUUGAUUGAGCCUGUCUACAGUUUUAACUAGAAGCACUUUGAAAACAGUUUGUGAUAAAGUCGACUCCCAAAUUAAACAGCAGAGAAGUGUUCCAUGCUGUCUUAUCUUUGGUCCCACUCAGGCCAAAGCCAGUUUUGACACUGGCUUGUGUCAAAACCAAGUUGAGUCUUUGUGAGCAAGCUGAGAUGGUUAAUAAGGCAAAUUGGCAGGUUGCACAGAGUGAAAUUAUCAAAAUAUCUUUUAUGUUAGAAAAGUUUCACUCCUUGUUAGGUUUGCUGCUCUCCUAUUGCCAGAGCCCUGUGAACCAAUGCUGCCAGCUACAGCAACAGUGUUUCUUAUUGUGUUCAUUUUAAACAGCAUCUGAGAAGUGGUUUAAAAACAAGUAUAAAUGAUUUUAGCAUGUAAAAGGCAUCAGUACUAUCCAUCUAUAAACUUUACAAUUUAAAAAUGUUUAAACAUGUCUGGAGGAAUUGUGUACACUGAAAUGGCACCCAUUCUUAGCUUUUCAAAUCAGCAGUUAAGAGGUCCAAUUUGCUGGUUCCUACUGACAACUGCCUCACACAGCAUCUGCCCAUACAUUAGUGUUAGGUGACUGUUGCUUACUUUAAUAUGGUAAUGGCAAUUUAUCAUCUGCUAAAAAGAGGCCACACCAAUUCAGGUCUGGGAAAGUAAACUACCACAAUGAAAAAUGAACUUUCAUCUUUUCCAGUUGUGAUUUUUAUAACAGGUAAAGGCUUUCAUCCUGAAUAACAACUCUAUCCUAAUAAUAUUCAUGGAAAUAGGACUUCAGACUUCUUUGAAGGAAACUACUGAAUUUGUGGACUGACCAUUAGGUUUAACUCAUAAAGCCAUAUUGUGUGUGAAAAUGUUGUGGCUGCAUGUGUCUUCUCUGGGUGUUGUAGUGCUUGCUACUGCUCCUCAACAGCAGCUUUAUAUCACUGUUAGCUACCAAGCACAGAGAGAGAAGAAAAUAUUAUUUUGAGUGCUUUGACAGUUGAGCAAAAUAGAACAGAACUGCUAUUAGAAAAGGUGUCGAAUUGCCUUCUGGUAGAACCUCAUCCUUUAGAUUAAUUAGAUUAAUUUUUUAACAACAGAUGAAUUAACUUAUUGGUAAUGAACUUCAGGGAAAUUGCCAGUUGGUUUAGAAUGAGGCUCAAGAUUUUAUUUUUUGGGCUCUGAAAUAGACAGGGAAGAGAAAUGAAGAAUAUGAGGAUUUACCUGUGUUUGGGGACACUGUGUUUUUAGAUGUCAUUCAGGUGAUCUAUUAACGGUUUUUCAUUUCUCUUCUCAUCUUGUUACCAUCUAUCUCCUCAUGUUACCAGUUGUGUAUGUAUGGGAUAUGCAAACACAGAAGCAAUAAAAUAUUUUUAAAUCA